AUGCGCCAUAUGGAAAGCCAAGACUCACAGAACCAACAACACAUACCUAACCUUGUCAACUUAUCCCCAGAGUUACUACGUCAAAUCUUUGGCUACUUCUGCUUACACUGUCGUGGCAAACAGGAAUAUCUGACUGGAAACACUGAACAACUCACCAGCAACUACCGCCAAGAUCGUCAGAUACUGGCAUCGCUGUGUCUCGUUUCAAGACGCUUUCGUGACGUCAGUCAGGAUAUUCUUCAUCAUGUAUUUCUCUGGCCCUUACGGAAGUCUUUGACCCAGAUAUCCUUGCCCCUCUUCAUAAGGACCAUCGCCUCACAACGGCAUCUCGCCUCAUCCACCAAAGCCGUCCUCUUCUAUUCCACACAAGGGGCUUCAUCGAUUGACCCUGAGCAAGCUCACGAGGCCUUCAAACAAGUAGCCAAGGUGAGAGGACUGAAGCUGCCAGAUAUCUGGGACCAAAGAAAGGAUACAUCACCUUAUCGUGAGGCAUUCCUUCGAGGACUCAUCCUCGGCAAAGCUCAGUCUCCAGACGCAAUAAAGAACAUAAAAGCACAUGCGAGUACUCUAUCAGUCGAGCUGUUAUUUAUUCUGCUUGCCUUGUUGCCCAAAUGCCCACACCUGGCUCUUGACAUUUCAACUCAUCAGUUGUAUGACCAAAUGCAGGCAUUGAAGGUCCUUGGGGUUUCCAGUCUUCCCUUGAGAAACCUCGAGCUCCGUGGUGCCUUUGAUUUGAAGUGGCUAUCAUCGCAACUUAUUCCUAUUUCGCCAGGUCUCGAAGCUCUGACUCUAUAUAAAUCACUGCCACUGCCUGAAAUAUCGAGCUUGAAGGCACUUCACCUCAGAGGUUUCAGGUUGAGUCCCGACCAGCUCGCCAAGAUCCUCCCGUCGUGUACUGGGAGUCUGAAGGCGUUCACAUAUGAAGCCACAGAUGUUACUUCCUUGCACAUUGACGAGCUUUACAACUGGCAAGUUCAGGCAAGCGAUGUUGUCAGACACCUCGAGAAGCAUUGCACAAGUCUAGAGUCGCUUCAUCUUGACCUCCGCAUUCGGGCUUUUAUGAGUCGAGAUACCAAGAUAGACCCGAUGCCCCACCUGGACACCUUCACAGUCUUACAAGAGCUGUUCCUCAACAGUGAUGCAGUGUACAACACUCAGAGUUUGGAGUUCCCUGACGAGGAGUCCCUCACAAAUUUCCUUCCACCCAGUAUCACGUCUCUCACACUUGUGGAGCCAGAUUUCCCUCCACCUCCCGAACGUCUACAGAAGGGUUUGUCUGGACUGGCGAAUCUCAGAAGAGAGCAGGGUCGAUUCCCCAGGCUGAAACGGGUGACGUGUGACGUCAAGAAAAUAUUCGAUGAAAGUCAUACCGAAGAUUUGCUCUCACAAGUUGGCAUUGGACUUGAAUACAAAGAGUUUCCAAGAUCCGAUUGGGCUUAUAAUCGGGAACGUUUAGUCGCUUCGCCGUUCAUCAGUAGCCUGUCCAUAGAUGAUGAAGACCUACCUAACGCUUGGUUGUGA